CGAGCUAUUCCUCCCUCCACCGCCAGAUGUCAGCACGCUGCUGUCAAAAAACAACAACAACACCUCACGAAGAAGCAGAAGAAGAAGUUGAAACCCGGAAGUGACGGCGGUGCAGAAUCAAAACAGCUGAACUCUGACAGCUCGGCACCAUCUUCAGAACAUGCGAUGGGAAAUGUUCCUGCAACCUUCAGGUUCAAAACACGUUACCUAAGCAACAGCUCCAGAGGCCGGGGCGACGUUUCACCGAGCCGCGGAGGAAUGCUAACCCGAGGAAAGGGCUCGUUCGGUUAGGUUUUGUCCCGUAGCUGCAGCCGCUGUUCCCCGGCUAACUGCUAAGCUAACACCCCCUCCUCCCCGGCUAAUGGAAGCUGCUCCAUGGCGAUCUAUGGGCCGAACAUGACCAUAUAUAGACCGGCUGCAGAGCUCCCUCGCCGGUGAAAUGUAAACGGUGACUCGCUGCGGAGAGGCUGACAAAGGGCACCGAGAGAAACCCCCCCAACUCUGCUCGAAGUAGAAGGAGUGCGCCACCGGCACCAUGUCAUCCGACCAGAUCAUCGCCAUCGUCAUGGAUGACAAAAUCUACGAGGUGAACAAGAAGAAGCUGAUCGAGAAGAGCGACUACUUCCGCGCCCUGUACAGCUCCGGGAUGCGGGAGUCCACGGAGGACUCGGUGCAGCUGCAGGGGCUCAGCGUCCCCGGCCUGGAGCUGGUGCUGGAGUUCAUCAACACCUCCAAGGUGCAGGUGGUCAACGAGACCCUGGAGGACCUGAUCGAGACCGCCUCCUUCCUGCAGGUCACCUCCAUCCUCAAGCUCCUGACCUCGGAGAUCCGCCUGGACAACUGCGCGGAGCUGUACAGCCUCUCCGAGGUCUACGGGACCCACGACCUGCGCAACGCCUGCCUCAAAUACAUGAGCUGCCACUACCACCCCAUGCUGAGGCGGCCCGACUUCAGCAGCCUCCCCCCGGCUGUUAGGGACCAGGUCAGGGAGAUGCGCAUGAAAGGCACCGCCACCCUCAUCGCCAUCGGAGACUUCACCUGUCUGUCCCUGGACGUGCCUGACCAGGACGAGCCCUGGUCCAUGCUGAGGUACGGAGAAGUGGAGCGGCGUUGGAAACCACUGGCGAACAACCUCCCUCCAGACAUGAUCAACGUCAGGGGCUACGGCUCGGCUGUGCUGGACAACUACCUGUUCAUCGUCGGCGGUUACAGGAUGACGAGUCAGGAGAUCUCUGCCGUGCACUGCUACAACCCCAGCAGGAACGAGUGGAACCAGGUGGCUCCGCUCAACCAGAAAAGGUCCAACUUCAAGCUGCUGGCGGUACAAGGGAAGCUGUACGCUGUGGGGGGGCAGUCCCUGGGCACGGUGGAGUGUUACAGCCCGGAGCAGGACUGGUGGACCUGCGUGUCCUCGAUGCCCGACCCGCUGGCCGAGUUCUCCGCCUGUGAAUGCCAGGGAAUGAUCUACAUCAUGGGCGGAUACACUGCAAGAGACAGGAACACAAACGUCCUCAGUUACUGCCCCACCUCUGACACCUGGACGGUGUUUCGGUCGUGUUCCGCUCACAUCCGUAAGCAGCAGAUGCUCUCCGUGGAGGACACCAUCUACCUGGUGGGCGGCUACACCCACGAGCUGGAGGCGGGUCAGCGGCAACGCCGUCCCAGCCAGACGGAGGACGUGCUGACGGUGCAGUCCUACAACAUCUCCACGGGGGAGUGGUUCCAGCUGAAGGAGAACACGUCGAAGUCGGGCCUGAACCUGACGUGCACGCUGCACAACGACGGCAUCUACAUCAUGAGCCGGGAUGUCAGCCUGCCCACCAGCCUGGAGCACCGCGUCUUUCUGAAAUACAACAUCUUCUCCGACGCCUGGGAGGCCUUCAGGCGCUUCCCGGCUCUGGGACAGAACAUGCUGCUGUGCUCGCUUUACCUCCCCAACAUGCUAUGAUUGACGGGGACGAUGGGGAAAGACGUCAGUGGACAGAGAGACAGAGGAGCCCGUGCAACAUUAAUAUAGGCCAGCGUGUGGCUUGCUUGUUCCAGCACAAAAUGUGGCUCCGUGGCAUUAAUGGGAACAGUGUCAGGUUGAAAACCUUGUGACCAUUGUGCCUCAAAAAAGAAAGAAAAGCACUACUACACUGUACAUAACUGCUGUGGAUGCAAAAACAAACGCUACAACGACAAGUAUGAAGGUGAUGAAGCGCCGAGAACAGUUCUCAGUUUGUGUCUCUCAUGUGUCAAUGUGAAGGUUGCAUUCAAAUCACAGAGAUGUUCGUCUGUUUCUCUGAAGAUGAUUAUACAGAAGUGUUUGAAGAAGCUGCUCUGAAGUUAUUUACAGAAUCCUCCAAGAAUCUCUCGACCAUUAAUGUGAAAAGAUAAAUUCUGUGCACCGGACGAUGACGAGGACCUUUAACCUGUUUCCUAAUUCACGACUCGUUCCUGAUUCAGGGGCCAGAUUAGGAAACAGAUUUAGAAUUUGGGAAUAAGCAUGAACCUGCAUAUAUGAGCAUAACAGCAGUUAGUGGUAUUUAACAAGCUUCUGUGUUUUUCAGAGAAACCGAUGGUUACGACUGGAAUGUCACACUAAUACACGACUGGCCACAAACCGGGGCUUAUUAUAACAGCAUGCGUGAAAAAUCUAUGCGCCGCAGAACUCCUCAUGUUUACACUCCACAUAUGGCAUUGAUGUACAUUUCCAUCCAUAACUCACUACAGACCUUAAAAUAUCUCAGAAGCAAAACACACGUUUUCUCUCGAUGUGCUGCACAUGGCAGAUAAUCCCUAAAUAAUGGCUUUGGUUUUACACUGCCAGUUUUAUGGGGAUUGGAAGUUUCUUGAGAGUUGGCGUGGGAAGUGGCUCGGGGGGUCAUGUGUCAUACGCACACUCGCACACUUGUCUUAUUUCCUAGAGAUACACGAUACAAAGCUUAAAGGGCAAUUCCUUGAAAUCGACGAUGCACAUGUGCCUUCUGCAACCUCAGUUAAGUCGAAACUUGAUACGAAAGACAAAACAAAAAUAGCACAAAAUGCAAAACUUUGUUACGUCGCCAGCAAACUGACCAAAACUGCUGUGUUUUUAUUUUACUUUCUGCUGAAGCGAGUUUUGUAAUCGAGGUACUUCUCAGUUCCUUGAAUAAACAAGGUGUGUGUGUGUGUGUGUGUGUGUGUGUGUGUGUGUGUGUGUGUGUGUGUGUGUGUGUGUGUGUGUGUGUGUGUGUGUGUGUGUGUGUGUGUGUGUGUGUGUGUGUGUGUGUGUGUGUGUGAAGGUUUGAAAAAAAUAAUCCUCAAAGUUACUUUUAUUCCUUGAACUCGUCAGUGUUUUGAAUGAAAGCUGCACUUACAGUGUUUUGAUUUGGUGGAUUUCAGCUUUUCUCUGCAUUAAUUAUCAGUUUGACAGUUUGGAGGAAUUUAGGACAUGAUAAUAAAGAUGAUGUUCAGG